AUGGCGCCGGCUAGGGAUGACUUGGAUGUGCUUGAUGAACCUCUCUACGCUAAUUUCUUGUGCGUCACCGGCGUUGACAGGCCCUACCAGCAAGAGCUUCUCUCUAAAAUGUUCAGAUAUUUGAGCAUUUCCAGUGCAGGACCCAGAAUUCCAGAUGGCAACAAAGUUAUCAAAGAACAUGUUGCGAAGCAGCGCCUCCCUAAUCUCACAAGUGACCUGAUGAAGAAGGGAAAACAUUUCAUAUUAAUACAUAAGCCUAUGAAUAUCCUGGCCGUCUUUAGUGGACUCUGUGAGGAUCUGGGUAUUCCUUUCCAGCCACAAAUGCUAAAAUGGAAAGCUGGCCCCAGGGACUUUGAUGGUAUUUGGGCCCCCUGGUGGUAUGAAAGUGUACACACAUCUACGGAUUUCUCAAAAUCUCGUCGUUACCCUAUGGUAAGCCUCGAUCAAACGUCUCUCUUGAUUUCCAGUAAUUUAUUACAAAGGGAUUUUACCACUUUCCUUAAUCUGUUGCGCCAGGUAAGGAGAACAGCAGGAUCCCUGUUGCCACCACCGCCUGAUCCUCCUCUUCCUGUACCAGAAAAUAAAAAAAUUCUUGUUUGCCUUGGAGAUGAGCUUUUGCCACGUGAUAGUGCAAGGGUUUCAGUGUUCGAUUCAGUUGUACAAGGAGGGGAUGCUGUGUGGGAAGGAUUGCGUAUAUAUGAUGGGAAAGUAUUCAAACUUGAAGACCACAUGGAUAGAUUGUUUGAUUCUACAAAAACUAUGGCCUUCAGCAAUGUGCCCAGUCGUGAUUGGAUUCAGGAUGCAAUAUUUAAGACUCUUAAUGCAAAUGGGAUGUUCAGUAAUGCACAUGAUAGUGCAAGGGUGACAUCUGGAAUGAGUCCAGCUUUCAAUCUAUAUGGGCGUGUCUUGAUUGUACUUGGAGAGUGGAAACCACUAGUUUAUGAUAACUCACAUGGGAUAAAGUUGGUAACAGCAACCACACAUCGUAAUUCUCCAAAUAGCGUAGAUUCGAAGAUACAUCACACCAAUCUUAUUAACAACAUUCUUGCAAAGAUAGAAGGUAAUCUUGCACAGGCUGAGGAUGCUAUCAUGCUAGAUCAAGAUGGUUUUGUAUCAGAAACAAAUGCAACAAACAUAUUUAUGGUUAGGAAGGGCAUUGUAUUGACACCUCAUGCGGACUACUGCCUUCUAGGAAUUACCCAUGCAACUGUAAAUCUAUUCAUCUUCCACAUUGAAAUAAUUGGAGCCAAUCUACAGAACACUUGGAUAGAUUGUUUGAUUCUACAAAAGCUAUGGCCUUCAGCAAUGUGCCCAGUCGUGAUUGGUAUUGCAACAAAGAACCAUGUAGCUGCUGAAGGCUCACUUUGA